GGGUUAAGGUUAAAUGUUUUUAAACUUAUUUUUAAAUAACAAAUUAGCAAAAUACUCUAAAAUGUUUUCUUGAUUGAUUAUAAAUAAAAGUAAUUCACGAUGUCAAACGCAAGUGUGGAAAUAAAAAAUACCAUAGGACUUUUGUGUAAGAUUUUAAAUGUUGUUUAUAGCUCAAAUUUAAAACCGGAACAUUUCCGCUUGGCAAAAUUUAAUAAGACUGAAGACAAUGUUGCUUCCACUUUUAUGACUGCCCUGACCAAAAUAGUUAACAAACAGACACCAAAGGAAUUACAAGAACAUAUGCACACCCUAAAUUAUAAACGAAAACAGUUUUAUAAUGUGAAUUUGGAAAACUGUACUGAGAGUCGAGAAUUGCUUCUUGCAUUAGCCUAUCUCGUUUUAACAAUGCUGCAAGCAGAUUUACUCCAAAAAUUAGACAGUGUAGCAGAGUGUCCAAACGUAUCUCAACCUGUUCUGGAAGAACCAGAAUUAUCUAUGUCAAAUUUAAAAGGGCAAGACUUAAAAAAUUACAAACUAUGGUUGAGUGGGAAAAUUAUAUCUAACAAGAACAUGAAAUCUGAAUAUGAUGAAAUAAUUAAGAAAUUGCAGAAUAAAUUUAAUAAACUAUUAAACAUAAAAGCCCAUAGUUCACUCACCCUAUAUGAAAUUCUUGCCUUAAAAAAUGCAGAAAUCAAGGAUCAAUAUAUUCAAGAUACAGAAUACAUUGUGUCCAUUAUGCAUGUGUAUACAGAAUGGGCGAAAAAAGAGAAAAUAUUCUGGAAAUGGAUGGUAGGGUACAGUAUUGGAGGAAGUGAAGAAAAGUUGUUAGUAAAUAAAUAAUGUAUAUUAGAUAGAGCAAAAAAAUUAAAAUAAGAGGAUAAAAAUGUAAAUAUGUUGAAGUUACAGUACUUAUAAUCAGAUGUUUACUGAAAACUGACUCCC